AUGGUUCAAUUCGUGCUGUUCAGUGGAUUGUUGAUAGUGAUCGUGGGUCAUUCCGUCGAUGGCCAUUCGAUCGUUGAGACCGGGAACGGGCCUGGAUCGCAUCGAGCUGCUAGUGUCGAUGGUUUAAAGUAUUUUGGAACCACGAUCGAAAGUGAUUGGCCUUACUUUGAAGUGGUGGAUCUUCGAGUGCAACCCCUUCCGGCCGGUGGUUCUGGCAACGCUAAGGCUCUAAAUCUGAGUUUCACGUUCCGAAACACACCGAUCGCAUUACACCUCAAACCGAACCGGGUGCUCACCACACGGGAAACCGUUUUCAAGACGAUCCAGGAUCGAGCGACGAAAGUGCUAAACGAUGCCGCCGGUGGCCACAGUGAGCAUUUCGUGCAUAAUGAUGGCAAUAUCACCGCAGCAGUGUCACAGAAUGGUGUCGAUAGAUAUACUGGAGUAAUUUUUCACUCCUUGGGUGAUCUAGAGAUCAUCCCCUUGGAUGACGACGAUGGAAACCCUACGAAGGUAUCCUUUCGCCGACCUCAUCUUAUCAAAACGCUUCAAAUUCACACUCCCCCCGACGUAUCCUAUGAGCUGAUUCGUCGACGAGCCCAAUCCGCGAUUCAUCUGCUCGGUGACACCUUGGCCCAGCGAAACUAUACCUCCAACGAGCUGGAAGAGAUCGACGUGAAAGAUGGCCGUAACAGAACCGCUGCGACCUUGCGCCGGCCUAGCAAACCAACCGUCGAAUUGGCCGUGUUCUUUGAUGAGGCUGCUUAUCGUACCUUUUCACCGUACUUUAAGCACAACGAUGAUGCCUUAAAAGAUUUCUUGCUAGCGUACAUCAAUGGCAUACAAGCGCUCUACAAGCAUCCCUCGCUAGGAAGUGGCGUCGAUAUCGUUCUAGUGUAUUUAGAAAUCAUGCGCUCACAACCAUCGGCAAUGCCACACUACAACGGUGAGAGCAAUUUGUUGCUGAACUCCUUUUGCUCCUAUCAAACCACGCUCAACCAGGGCCGCUGGGACAUGGCGCUGUAUCUCUCCGGGUUGGAUUUCUAUGCCAUCGAAAAUGGUCGCCGAAAUGGUGUUACCAUGGGCUUGGCGACUGUUGGUGGCGUGUGUUUGAGUGAAUAUGCGUGCGUGAUAGCGGAGUUUGGUACGCGGAACGUGUUCGGGAAACCAUAUCCAUCGUCGGGAUUUACUUCCAUCUUUAUAGCGGCUCACGAGAUUGGACACAAUUUAGGAAUGCACCACGAUUCGGUAGGGAAUGGAUGCCCAAAGGAUGGCUUUGUGAUGUCACCGUCGAGAGGAACGCAGGGUGAAACCACGUGGUCCAGCUGCAGUGCCGAUGCAAUUGCACAGUUAAAUUGGGCCAGUUGUCUAUUUGAAACGACAGCGAAAGAAGUCGCCGAGUACAAUACAUCCAAAUACUAUGACCAUCCGGGGCAGGUGUGGACGGCUAAAAAGCAAUGUGAAGUACUGCUCACAGACACCGAUGCCAUUCUGGUAUCGCCAGACAUACGGGAAAUUUGCCAGAAUAUAAGAUGUCGUACGCCACAUCGAACGGGAUUUUACUUUGCUGGUCCAGCUUUAGAAGGCACUGAUUGUGGUGAUAAUAAGUGGUGUAAGGGUGGAGUUUGCAUUAAACAGAAGAAAAGGCCAACGAACGUUGUACCCGGCGGGUGGAGUGAAUGGAACGACGAAGAUUGUAUAUCGGGCUGUCUGGAACAAUCGACGGGUUUCCGACGUCGGACUCGGCGAUGCGAUAAUCCUGUGCCAGUCAACACUGAUCAAGGCUGUGAGGGAGUUGCACUCGACAUUGCAGUUUGCGACGAUCAAGCAUUGUGUGGCACGAACCGAGAACCGGUUCCAUUUUAUGCUAGUAGACGAUGCCGCGAGUUCAGCCAACUUUUGCCCCGACUGGACCCGAAUGGCCGUGGCAUACAGGGACCGUACGAUUCGAAGCGACUCUGGAUGAGCUGCGCGAUCUACUGUAAGCGGGCGGACAGCGACGCUUAUUAUGCUCCACGGUUUGAUCUGAACGAUCUGGGAGUCGAUUCGUAUUUUCCCGAUGGUACACUGUGCCAUCAGGAAGCGGGAACGAAGUACUUCUGCCAACAGCAUCACUGCUUGCCAGAGAACUUUAAGACGUCCAAAAUAUCCAUCUGGGCAAUCACGGAAGACAUUCCGAUUCCCGGGAACGCACUGCCAAUGAGUUCGCACUUUUUCGACAGAGCCGUUCUUAACUACCUGUCGUUGGAUAAGAAUACAACUCCCCUGACCACUUCAUGGGGUAUCAAACCGGAACAGCUCCCGAAGGACGACCAAUGGGUUGAUCAGGAUUACCUCGACCUGACGGCAUUCUAGAGCGGAUACCAUGACUCGAUAUCUUGUGAUAAAACGGAGGUAUAAG